UACUAAGGUCAUGUCAUCAUUAAGAAAACUGAAAAUAUUUUAUGUCGUGUCUAAUAGUCUUUCACCCUUUCUUCUUCAGUCUAUUUUUAUCUCUCCUAUAAUUAGUUGGCAUAGAACUUCUCACGCUUCCUAAUUGGUGCAUUUAUCACAUUUUCUUCACAUGUAUGAAUUGUAUAUCUCAAUCUCAUUUCUCUUGCACUAUUAGAAAUUACCCCUAUUGUAAUGAAUUUUUUGGCAAUGAUUUCAAAAGCGCUACGAUAGAUGGUCAAUUGCAACAGUUCAACCAUUACAAUAAUAACCGUUGCAAUAAGGUGUCUUACAGCAACGUUUUCUUGAACCGUUUCCAUAAAGUCACCUAUGACAAUAUUUUUUUAGAAAAAAAAAAAUCUAUUGCAUGGAUUUUCAUUUUUUCCUCCCUAUUUUUUUCACAAAAUCCGCCAAAAAUUUUAAAAAUAUAUACAAAAACCUUUCACUCUCAACGUUACUCUCUCAGUUGUCAAACACCAGAACUGUAAGCGCCGUUUGUGCCGACUGCCCACUGCCUCUUCGACCGCCGCUCCGACCGUUGCUUCGAUCGCCGCUCCGACCAUUGCUCCGAUUUACAAUAGCAGACAGAUAGAAAUAAGCAGAGCCGCCAGAUCUAGUAGCUUAAUUUAAUAGGAGCUUGUAAUGAGCAACUUUGUUGUAUCAUAGCAUAGUCGCUUAUGAGGGGAUCUAUCAUGGCAGUAGCGUCAACAAAGAAAAAGAGUGUCUUUGUUGAUGGGGUAACAGGCGGAAUAAAAGUGAAACAGCUACCAUUUAUGGGGAUUAUUUGUACAGUGUUGUUUAUUGUGUUUAGGACCACUAAUUAUCUGUAUGAACAGACAGAGAUGGAGUCGAAGAUGGGCCCAUUUUAUUCUUCAAAGGAUUCUGAUAUAGAUAUCACACAUUUAAAUAGCUUGCCUCAUGGUAUUAUGCAUGCAAGGUCGGAUCUAGAGUUAAAGCCUCUUUGGUCUACAAGUCAUUCCAAGUCCAAGCUCUUUUCUUUGCCUUUGAACUUGAGCAUAAGAAGCUUCCCACUAUUACCUAAAGUCAUUCACUUUCAGUAUCAGGCUUUCGAGGGGAAAUCAAAAGCCUUUCAUUUUUUAGUCGAACCAAUAAUUGACAAGGUUCAGUUUUGCUAGACGAAGAAGGUUUUAAACUGAUAGUCAAUAUUACCAUUGGAUAUGGUGCAUCCCUCACAAUCCAACUGGAAAGGUUUUCACUAAGGAUGAGCUUGAGAUUAUUGCUGGAGCUUGCCGGACUUGGGAUAUUCUAGUUGUAUUAGACAAGGUUUAUUUCACUUUUGUCACAUUUUCUCGUGCUUUUCAAAGAAAAAGAAAAGCAAUGAAAUAAGUAUAUUUUGUCCCUUGUUUAAGCUUAUCUGCAGAAUGCAUUUUAUAAUUGCUACUCCACCGUGAGCCCCCAAAAGAAAAUAGAAGAACAGAAAAAGAGAUUCAAUUUACAGUGCUACAACUUUUCACUCCUAAAAACUUUUGGUGAAGUAUCUAUGUUCUUAUUUUAUUUGUUUGAUCAUUUUUACUAUAGUCGGCAUGCUUCUUCAACCUUUCUUUGUACCCUACCUUUUCCUUUUCAACUUAGGUUGGCAUACUAUUCCUUGAUUGAUACCUCUACGUGUAAGCUAAGAUUGCAGUGUAUUUAUACAUCAAUGGGUUUACCUGCAUCUGGAACCAAUCAUUUCCAACUUGGAACUUUAUAUCAUAACAUAUGUGUGGCUAUUGUUUCCAAAUUUAGAAAGAUCUGGAACAAACUAAUAAGAGAAUAACUAUCAUAGAAAAUGGAACGGAGUGAGUACUUUAUCUAGUUAUUUUCAGGUUUCUGGAUAGAGCAACUUGGGCAGCAGCAGUGGCGUGUCUUUCUUUUGUGCUAAACCAGCUUUGAACCCUUGAUUUUCUUCUUUUAUAGCAACGAAGAAACAAGAGCAGCUGGAUGACUAGCAGCAUCACGAAACAAACAGAUACUAGAACAGAAAAAGAAGAAUACAUGCUACGUAAAUGGAAAGGAAAAUCAUCACAAGCAGAAGGAGAAGUCAAACAACGUUCCAAUUAGAUCCCAAGUACAAGAACAAGUGUAACAGGUGAUUCAGGAUCCUAUCUUACCUCUAGCACCAGUAGAGGAGCAAGUGCACCAAGAAUUGUCAGAUUACACCACAUGUGCAUCACAACCAUCACUCAAACACGUGUAGCAAGAUCAAUCACAAUUUUCUAAUUUUGAAGCAAAUGAACAAUCUGGAGAAGGCCCUUCAAUUAACAAAAGAAAAAGAAGUGCUACACAAAUGGCAGCAAUACAUGGACGAACUGAGCAUCAACUAAUAGUGCUAAAUGAGUUGAAUCGGUCUAUUGGUCCUACUAAAGCAGUGGUCACCGAACUUGAUACUUUAUGGAAAAACUAAUGAUCAUUUGACUUUUGGAUUUAGAUUAUUAGUUUGUUGGAUAUUUUUAAUUUGAAUUAUUAUAAAUGAAAGAUUUUGCUAUGAUGUGUAUAUAAAAUUGUGUAUUAAUAUAAUUUUCUGUCUCUCUCUAUA